UAUGAAGGACUUUGUGUUGAAAGAACUAACAAAGUGCGUGAGAAAAUGCAGGGCAGAAUUGAAGAAUGUGUCGAGGAUUUUGUAGCGAAGGACGGGGGGAUUUGUUUGACGGAGGGCUUGAUUGGAGAGCGCGUGCAAGAAGUUAAGACAAAAGAGAAGUAUAUCGAAAGCCGAAUGAAGGAGCUUGAAUUAAAAGAGAAGCAACAUGAAGACCGGGUGAAGGAGCAUGAAUUAAAAAAGAGAGAAUUUGAAGGCCGAGUGACGGAGCUGGUGAGUGAUUUGUUAUCACAACAGAAGCAUUUCGAAAGCCGAAUGAAGGAGUUUGAGUUAAAAGAGAUGCAACAUGAAGACCAGGUGAACGAGCAUGAAUCGAAGACGAGAGAAUUUGAAGGUCAAAUGAGGGAGCUAGAAUCUAAAGAGAAACACUUUGAAAGCCAAGUGAUGGAGCUGGUGAGUGAUUUGGUAUCACAACAGAAGCACUUUGAAAGCCGAAUGAAGGAGGUUGAGUCAAAAGAGAAGCAACAUGAAGACCAGGUGAAGGAGCAUGAAUCGAAAACGAGAGAAUUUGACGGUCAAGUGAAGGAGCUAGAAUCUAAAAAGAAGAACUUUGAAAGCCAAAUGACGGAGCUGGUGAAUGAUUUGGCAUCACAACAGAAGCAUUAUGAAAGCCGAAUGAAGGAGGUUGAGUCAAAAGAGAAGCAACAUGAAGACCAGGUGAAGGAGCAUGAAUCAAAAAAGAGAGAAGUUGAAGAUCGAGUGAAGGAGCUAGAAUCUAUAAAGAAGCACUUUGAAAACCAGGCAAAGGAGUUAGAGUCACAAUAUUACCAAUUUGUAGGCCAAAGAGAAAAGUUUAUAUCAAAAGUGAGGGAAUAUGAAAGCCAAAGGAAGGCGUUUGUAUUGAAAAAGAAGCUUUUUAAAUUCCGAAUGGAGGAGUUUGAGUCAAAAGAGAAGCAACAUGAAGGUCAGGUGAAGGAGCAUGAAUCAAAAAAGAGAGAAUUUGAAAGUCAGGUGAAGGAGCUAGAAUCUAAAAAGAAGCGCUUUGAAAGCCAAAUGAUGGAGCUGGUGAAUGAUUUGGCAUCACAACAGAAGCAUUACGAAAGCCGAAUGAAGGAGGUUGAGUCAAAAGAGAAGCAACAUGAAGACCAGGUGAAGGAGCAUGAAUCAAAAAAGAGAGAAGUUGAAGAUCGAGUGAAGGAGCUAGAAUCUAUAAAGAAGCACUUUGAAAACCAAGCAAAGGAGUUAGAGUCACAAUAUUACCAAUUUGUAGGCCAAAGAGAAAAGUUUAUAUCAAAAGUGAGGGAAUAUGAAAGCCAAAGGAAGGCGUUUGUAUUGAAAAAGAAGCUUUUCAACUUCCGAAUGGAGGAGUUUGAGUCAAAAGAGAAGGUGCUGGAAUCUAUAAAGAAGCACUUUGAAAGCCAGAAGGAGGAGCUCGAAUCAAAAGAGAGGCAAUUGAAAGAACAAGUUAAAGAACUUGAGUCUAAAGAGAAGCAACUUGAUGACCUAGUGCAGGAGUUUGAAUCAAAAGAGAGAGAUUCUCAAGACCGAGUAAUGGAUCUGAGACCGGGAACUGAUAGAUACACUCUAACGGUUAAGGUUCUUAGCUCUGAACUGGUGAAGACUAUCUACAGCGAUAGCAAUGAAUUGGUGUCCUGCACAGCCGAAUGCCUUGUUGGAGACGAAACUGGAACCAUAAUCUUCACUGCUCGCAACGAACAGGUGGACAUCAUGAAACCUGGUGCAACAGUGAUUCUGGAAAAUGCCAAGAUUGACAUGUUCAGGGGAUCUAUGAGGCUGGUAGUUGACAAGUGGGAGGGGGGAGAUAUAGAGGUCACAGAACCUGCAAAUUUUAAAGUUAGAAAGGAUAACAAUCUUUCAUUAGAUAGAUAUUCGGUACGUUGAUGAAAAAUG